AACACAGCAGUUUUUAUUGGAAGCGGGACAAGUCCGGGCAUUGCUUACCAUGGAAGUUCGGAAACCUGUGAGCGCAGAAGAAGAGCGCCGACAGAAGCUACUUGAGUAUCUAGCUGCCAAGGGAAAGCUGAAGCCCCAGAAUAACAAACCCUACCUAAAAGACUCCACCAAUCUACAAAAGAAACCAUUGACCCAUCGUUCUAAAGCACCGCAGAUUAACAAACAGAAAGAGGAUGUUGUCCCUAAAAAAACAAAACAUAUUCCAAAGGCAUCAAGUAACCUUCCGCUUCAGCGGCAAACGAAAAUGGUACAUUCAAAAAUGUCAGCAAGGGACAACGUUUCGGCUACUUCAAAACCUAGAAGUAGGACGAUGCCGAGUGCCGCUGUCCCAUCAAAAAACGUGAUACCCUGCAAGAGUCUUAAACAGAAGAAAGGUGAAACACAAGUAACCGCUGACACUGCGUCUUGUGCAAUCCUUUGUAACUCUGGGAAGGAGGCCGAGGCUGGGGAAGAAUCCGGUGAGAGGAUCUUGCUGAUUGAGCCCAAAGGCAAGCAAUGUUCCCUUAAUAUUGAUGGAGAGAAUUUCAUAAAUGAGAACCGUACAGCUGAGCUCUUACAAUAA